GUCGUCUGUGAUUGGGUGACCGCUGUCCAAUAGAGAAGUGACAGGAGACGACAGUGAGGUUUAGGGGCUGUUGCAGAAUGUUUAGGAAACUUUUCUUUUUGCUUUUUUUCAUCUUCGUUUUCUAUUAUGAAGCAACUGACGCUCAGAAGAAGAAAGAGACACUGCUGUCAGAGAAGGUGACACAGAUGAUGGAGUGGGCCUCCAAGCGUUCUGUCAUCAGGAUGAAUGGAGAUAAGUUUCGGCGCUUCGUCAAGGCUCCUCCUAGAAACUAUUCUGUGGUCAUCAUGUUUACAGCCCUGCAGCCGCAGCGACAGUGUGGAGUGUGCAAGCAGGCUGAUGAGGAGUUCCAGGUUCUGGCCAACUCCUGGCGGUACUCCUCUGCUUUCACAAACAAAGUCUUCUUUGCAUCUGUGGAUUUUGAUGAAGGCUCGGAUGUCUUCCAGAUGCUCAACAUGAAUUCUGCUCCGACAUUCCUCCACUUCCCAUCCAAGGGAAAACCCCGUAAAUCUGACACCUAUGAGCUGCAGGUGCGGGGCUUCGCAGCAGAACAGUUGGCUCGGUGGGUUGCAGACAGGACUGAUGUUCAGAUCCGGGUCAUCCGCCCCCCCAACUACGCUGGACCCCUGCUGCUGGGUUUCCUCCUGGCUGUGAUUGGAGGACUGGCGUAUCUGCGACGGAACAACCUGGAGUUUCUUUUUAAUAAGAACGUGUGGGCCUUCUCAGCUCUGUGCUUUGUCCUGAUCAUGACCUCGGGUCAAAUGUGGAACCACAUCAGAGGACCUCCUUAUGCACACAAAAACCCCAGCACAGGGCAAGUCAGUUACAUCCACGGCAGCAGUCAGGCCCAGUUUGUAGCUGAGACUCACAUCGUCCUGCUUUUCAAUGCUGCCGUUACCAUGGGAAUCGUGCUGCUGUGUGAAGCAGCCACGUCUGAUGUGGACAUUGGGAAGAGGAAGAUCAUGUGUGUAGCAGGUAUCAGCCUGGUGGUGCUGUUCUUCAGCUGGUUGUUGUCCAUAUUCAGAGCCAAGUACCAUGGUUAUCCAUACAGCUUCCUGAUGAGUUAGAACUUGACUGACGUGACAACGAUGACUCUUUGCUAAGCCAUGAUUGGUCGUCUGCUCCGUCCAGUUAGAAUGCACCCCCCCCCACACAGACUAACACAGUGCCUUUAACAGUCACUUCACGUCCACACCGUCCCAGUCCUGAAGUUCUCCAACAGUACCAGGGUCCUCAUCAGUCCCAGUCUUUCCUUUGUUCCUGGGGACAAUCGUACAGUUUCACCGUCAAAGUCAAAGAACAUUUCAGUCAUGUUGACACUGCUACUACAGCAUCACUACACUGUCACAACACUGUUAGUCAGUCAGCUGACUUUAAAACCCACGGCCGUUGGUGUGACCCAGUCUCUGGUCAUCACCAGGACCAGAGAGCGGGCUGGGCCGCAGCUGGACAGUCAACAGUCCAACAUGGGUCUGAUGUUUUUGUCUCCAGCCCAUCUAUGAAUAGUCUAAUAACACCCCCCCGCCCCCCGUCUCGCCCCUCCCUCACCUGUCAGAGUAGUACUGUAAGGAGUAUUACUGUUAUUCAUAUAACAUGGCAGUGUUUUUAUUUUGGAAGUUUUCCGUACAGUCUUCCCAUCAGUAGAGCUGCAGUGAACUGGUAAAAAGACGACCCACUGGACCAGUGGACCUGGACCAGUGGACCUGGACCAGUGGACCUGGACCAGUGGACCUGGUCUGGUCUUCUGUUGGAUGUGGACACACUCUGUUUGAAGAAUAUCUGUGUAAACUGUGACAUUAAAGUGCCUUAACUGCACCCCCCCUCA